AUGAAAUAUUCGGGUCUCGAGUUUUGUACUGCUACGUGUGACCUUGAGCCAAUGUCACAAGCGGGCGCGGCGUCCUAUGUGGCCGAUGUGUUAACUACAGGUAACUCAAAUGUUGAAGCUACUACUGCCACCGAGGAUACCUCACAUAAUAAUACCAUACAAGUUGAAAUACAUGAAACAAAUGUGGAUAGAGAGGAUAUCGUAAAUGAGAUAGUUGACAUUGGGUCUACGAAUUUCACCCCCCAGUCACCCGACCCACCUAAAUCUACAGAGGAAGUUCCAGUAGGGAAAAGGAAACGUCGCGAGUCAAAAGAUGAACAAGGACAAAACAAGAAAAAGCUGAAGUCGCUCACAAAGGCUCAACCAAAAGGUAGGAGGUCAAGUACGCGUAAAAAAUGUGUAGAUGAACAGACAUCAGACUCAAAAGUGAAUAAAAUAAAAAACGACAUUAAUAUCCCGGAGAUUGUUGACAAAUCUAUCUUCUUCGACGAGGCAUUUAAAAAACUAUCUUCACAAAUUCAAACUAUGGGACACCAGAUCACACAACGAAUGGAUCAACUAGAAAAAAAUCUCGAGGAUAAGGUGACCAAAAAAGUAACCCAGCAACUAGCAGGUAUGGUACAAACCAAAGUAAAGGAAAGUGUAAAAGAUAUCAAACAUGACAUGGACAAAGAAAUAGAAAAAGUAAAAACUACUGUAACAGAUUUGAAAAAAUCAUUCGCAGAUGCAGUUAAAACCGUGAAAGUAACCCCUGUUACUAAGGACACUAACAAUUUGAACAUUGUGAUUAAAAACAUGCCUGUCACAGAAUUGGAGCAAUCGGACUCGGGUUAUCUAGUAAACAGUGUUUAUGCUCUAUUUCGCAAUGGACUCGACCUCAAGCAUGUCAAAAUCAAGCAAGCGGAACGGAAACCGGUUAGACAAAACGACACGGUGAAAAAUAGACCAGGUAUAGUUGUUGUAACGCUUGGUAGUUCGGAUCAGAAACAUGAUGUACUGUCAAAUAAACGUGAACUUAAGAACUCAAGAGACUACAACAAAGUCUUUAUACAGGAUGAAUCCAAUGCUGAAACCAGGAAACAUCUCCAUAAUCUUCAAAUUCUUAUACGAGAAAUGGAUAUGUCCGAGAGACUUGGUACCCGGAUCGUGAACGGAGUGACUACUGUUGUACGCAGAGAAAAUACAGGCAACACGCCGGAACACCAGUCCUAUAAUAAACGGGACAUUUCUAUGUCUGGUGGUCCACAUGGAAACAAGAAUAGCAGAUUCGCGAGGGAGGACAGAGGUUUCAGAUCUUAUGGGAACAACAUGGAACGCGGAAGUCGGAAUGACAAGACGGCACAGCACAGGGGGCGGACUGAUGAAUAUCACAGGCUACGAGAUGAAAACGGACGCGGAACGCGGGACAAACGAGAUUACACAAGGGACGAAAGUGCGGACAACGGAUCGCGUUAUAGUGUCGACAAUCGCGUAGUACGGAACGACAGGGACUGUGAGUGGAUUGACAACAGCCGUAGAGUACGGAACACGCAUAGUGAGUUUAGGACACGAAAUGGAACGGAUCGCGGUAUGUUUCGUGAAAACGUACGCGGACCGCGGGAUCAAAGUGACAAUAGAGAACAAGGUGACAAUAGAGAACAUUGUGGUAGAAACUACUACAAACCGCGAAGCAGUGACAAAAGGGGAUUCAGGUAG